UCUUUUCGUGUUGUAACAUCUUCAGAAUCCCUCGGGAAAUGUUGGUACCCUCGCCCUAACGGGCUCGGGCACCAACCAAUCCCUCGGGAUUCUGCAGAUGUUAUAACACGAAAAAACAUGCGUUAUCCCUACAAUUCUGAAGUAAACUUAGCACGAUAAGUAUUAAAAGCAUUUGCUAUGAUGUUAUUAUAUGCGUAGAAACAGUUUCUGUGAACAAUCUGUAAUGUUGAAUAGACAGUUCUGGGCGAGGGUACCAACGAUUCCCGAGGGAUUCUGAAGAUGUUAUAACACGAAAAGAGAACAUGUGCUAACGCUAUUCUAGCAUAAAACGCGUAAAAACCAUGUAAAUGAAUAUAUUGUCCCUCAACGUAAUUGCUAAACGGUAAAGAUUGUAUUUUGCGGCUAUAUAUAUAUAUGGUGUUCUUAUAACUGAAAUGCUCAAAAAUACUAAAAAAAAGGGCUUGUUUAUAUGAAAUAAGGAAGGAAUUCAUUGGUAUAACGUAACAUUUAGUGAUAAAUUUGCGACAUGUUAGGUAAAAUGGCGGAACUCACUUUUCUUUCACAACUGUCGGACUGCGAAAUCACUUCAUGAUCGUUUCACAGAUAAGGAUUAUUUACACCACAUUCAAUUGGGUUUAGUGAGUAUAUAUUUUAUAUGCUUAAGACAAUACAAUUUGUUCCCUGAUUUUUGUUACGUCCUCCGAAAAUAAUAAACAAAAGAUGCAUAACUAUUGUCUUUGUAUUCUAGUCCACGCAGCAACAAUAUAUUCAACAUUUGUAGCUAGAAUAACUCGACAAGAGUUUGUAGCAUUCAGUGGUGUCUUCAUUUCAGUUUGUACAGUUAGAAUUUGUAUCACUUUAAGAAAUGCAUAUUAAUUGACUACUUUUGAUACAGCACUUGCAGAAAAAUGCUUUUCUUUUGAGGUUCAAACUGGCCUCGCAUUAAAUUUUUUAACCUAAAUAUGAUUAAAGUAAGGAACAGAAACAAAAAUAUUCAAUUUUGAAAUAAAAAUUAAUGAAAUGACAUGGAACGACCACAUAACAAUUGUCGUUAAGAUGUUGUAACGUGUUAUCGCUGAGACGUAAAUCAAAUUGUAACGUACCAUUCCCGAACCUUAUAGUAUACUAUUAGACUGUUUCUCUAUUAAUGUUCGAAAAUUAGAAAAUCUAUGUAUCUAUAUAAACUUAAGAUUUGUUCAAAAAAUAUAUGAAAUAAAACUAUAGAGAAAAUAAACAAGUGUUGAGUCAUUUCUGCGGCGGUCACGUUUCAUGCAUGACUUUUAAAAUUAGAAGUAGGAUAUGAAACACGCCUAACAUUCUUCUGAUUUACUAUAAAAAUUUACUGCGUUGAUAACGCGAUAGAAAGAAGCUAUACGUACGCUUUAAAAGUACAUACUUCAUAGAUAUUGUUGAAUUAUUUCGGUUUGACUUUCUAUUCACAAGUUUCGGUAUCAAAUGAAAGUACUUAUUUACGUCCCGGUUAACAUAUCAGGUUUUCAUGUUGGUGCAACUAACGUAUUUUCAAUUUAACCUACACUUUUUUUUAAAUAUCAGCUCUUUUAAUGAAAUACACAGACUUGUCUGUCUAUGAAAUACAUGGCUUUAUUAUUAAAGAUUUUAGAGAAUUAAUACGGCCUAAUAGAAAGUUGACCACCUACAAGUAAAGAUGAUAUAAAUCUUUGCUAAUUGGCAAAAAAUUAAAAAGGAUUUAACAAAUCCGCUUUAGGAUCCGCCAGAUUUUAAGACGAUCAUAUGAUCCUAAGUUUACGUACCUUUCUUCCAAAGCCGAUUAGAAUUAAUUAGACAAAUUUGAUACAGAAAAUUCAUUAGAAAUGAAAACAGUUUUAAGUUUCUUCUGACCAAUAUUAAUGUUAACCACUGGGAUACUUAAGAAAAAAAAUGUGUUGACAGCGCUCUUAGUAUCCGAGUGAAUUUUGAUAUAACUGAAUAACGAAAAUAUUCAUAUUUUUUUUUAUUAUAUGAACAAGAUUUACGAGUGUUAUUUUUUCUUGGGAAGUGCGAGCUGUAUAAAAAAUAUGGAACAUGGUUUAGGUGAUGCUAUAUCAAAUUAACACUUAUUCUGUUAUUUGACAUUUAUACGGAUACACCAUAGAUUCUGGACAAUUAUUUCUGUAAAAGUUUUAUAACGAAGAUUCAUCAUGUCUAAUUCAGGGGCAUCUGACGAAUUGUCUCAGGUGUCGGAGGAUGACAGUGAAAGUGUUAUUGACGUCGUCAAUGACAAUAACUCUUCAGAUAUCUGUAAACUAAGUCAAAAUGUUACAAUGACAAGUGAGUCACGAGAAAUAGAUGAUGAUGAUGAUGACGAUGAUGAUGAUGAUGAUGUGUUCUGUCACCAUAAAAAACAACGUCGGAAUAGAACGACGUUCACCUCAGAUCAACUGAGAGAGUUAGAGAGCGUAUUUCGACACACCCACUACCCUGACUGUACCCUCAGAGAACAGAUCGCUGAAAAAGCUGACCUGACCGAGGCAAGAGUUCAGGUAUGGUUUCAAAAUAGGCGUGCUAAAUGGCGAAAGCAGGAGAAGAAUAUAGUCCGGAUGUUUGAUGUAUUCCGACACCGACAUGACUCAAUGACGUCAUUUUCUACGUCACUUUCACUACUCCAACCAUCAUUACCCAGCAUACACCACCCAUCGGUAUAUCAUCCGUGGAUGCCAAGACUUCCAUUUCCAUGGUCUACAACACCUGCGCCCUUCUCAUCAUUUCCAAGAAUUCUUCCACGCUCAGCAUCAUUAACGUCCUGUCCAGAUACACAUGAACGGAUUUCGAAAGUUGGCGACUCGCCCACGGCGACCACGACCACUGACAGACUGGGGUUUUACGCACAUCAUUUUCUUCAACGACUUAGUGCUGAUCACGCAUGCGCAAGUGCUACUGUGACAAAGGAAAAUCAAAAUGAUAUAUCUCAAAGUGACAAAACUUAAUAAAUAUUUUAAAAUAAAAAACAUACUUAUUACAAUAUGACUUUAUUGGUGACGUUUACAAGACAAAGAAAACAGUAU